GUAUAUAAAUGUAAAUUUCCCUUUCAAUUUCAUCUACGCAAAGUGAAAAUUACUCCUGAAACAACCAUGCAAGUUAUCAAUGUUUUGUUAGUCUUUAAUUUUAUUAAGUUUGUUUUUGGAUGUGGAUCAUAUGUAAUCCAUGAUCAGACCCCUUUCUGCAACUCUGCUUAUGCUAUUGUCGGUAUAGUACAGGCUUCUUGGGAGUCGGCCGAUGAGUCUUUGUUUCAGAUAAAAGUAACAACAAAUUUUAAGCUAGAAGAGGUGCCCUCCCGAGGGGGGAUCAUUACAGUCGCUGGUAGAGGGAGGAUGAGUUCGUGUGGACCUACAAGAAUGACUCGUAACAAGGCAUACGUCAUAUAUCUUUCAGUUGAUGAAGGGUCAUCCUACCCUUUAAGAAUUAUUGAGAAAGAAGACUACCGUCUUACCACCAUGGACAGAAUAUGGAGUUACGACUGCUCAUGUCAGGUCGAGAUCAAUAUUCCACAACAAUUAACCCCUAAUAGUGGAGUUCCCGCCAGAGACAAAUGUGUGAUCACGGAACGAGACUUAGGUUGUCCUUUCUAUAACGGAUACUGCGCCAGACGAGGAUCACAAAAUGUGUGCCAAUGGGUACCAGGUUCAUCCGUCUGCUGAAUGUUGUAGAAGAUUACUAUGUAGAACUUUAUAAAGAUAAUUAUGAUAUUA